GAGCCAUCCAACCUCAAAACUCUGUUACUCGUAACAAGCUGCCCUCCUAAAAUCAAACCUAUUUUUGGCCUGUAUUUUAUGUAUAUUUUCAUAUUAAAAAAAUUUUUACUUCGAACGAAUAUUAUAUUCAAAGAUAUUCAUCCAUACAUGUGACGUUGAUGUAUUUAAUUCAUAGUAAGUGAAAGCAACGUAUUAGGUUAAUCGCAAGUCACGGAGACACUGACAGUUUCUUGUUGCUUCUUCUUGACUGUAGUUGAACGACGACGAGACGACGUCAAGUGAUUUCUAUUGUAAACAAGUUCUCACCUUUCCCGAGUCCUGUCACUCAGAUCUAUUGUGGGUACUACAGUGUUUGUGUGUGUUGAACAUUACUGUUAAAGGAUAGAGAUGGCGGGACCUAUUUACAAUCCUGGUCAGCCAUACAUGCUACAAAUACCUGGGGGGUUUGCUCCUGGUAGAAUAGCACAUAUCACAGGAACUUUUACUCCUUCUGCUAACAGCUUUGUACUGAAGUUUCAAUCUGGUCCAACUGGAGACCCAACCGAUGAGAUAGGUCUUUGUAUGUAUGGUCGUGUUGCAGAGGGCAUUAUUGGUAGGAAUGCGUUUACACGAGCUGCAGGGUGGGGUCAGGAAGAAGCAACAAACAGCAUUGCUUUAGCAAGAGGACAGAAUUUUGAUGUGACAAUACUGUGUGAUUCCAUGCAGUUUAAAAUAGCAUUGAAUGGGCAGCAUUUUGGAGAAUUCAACCACCUAACCAAUCCUGCAACUCUAUGCUAUAUGAACGUAGCCAGCUCUAGCCAGGAUCUGACUCUUGCUUGUGUUUGGAUAGAAGAUCCAAAUCCAGUGCCACCACCAGUUCAGGCACCUUAUGCACAGGCUCCAUUAGGAGGAACACCCUACCUUCCUUCUCCAAACUAUGGGUCUCCCCCACCUUAUUCAGGUGGUCCUGGGUAUGCUCCCCAACCAAACACUCCUGCUUAUCCACAGUCAGCUCCUCCAGGCCAGUAUGGAUCUCCACAGCACACUGGUAGUGGCAGCAACAAGGGACUUAUAGGUAUGGUUACUGGUGCUGGAGCAGCUGUGGCUGGCGCCUUAGGGGUUUCUCACCUUGUUGGGAAAUCUAAACAUGCUGGUGGGUAUCCUGGCCAUGGGUAUCCAGCCCUGGAUAUCUGUCAUGGUGGAUAUCCUGGUCAUGGUGGUGGGGGAGGAGGAGUUCUUAAUAAAGCAAUGCAAGUUGGUGGAACUCUUGCGACAGCUAAAAUGAUGUCCAAGCCUAGUAAAGCCAUGAAAUAUGCAGCACCUAUAGCUGGCCUUGGAGCUCUUGGUGCCGGAGGUUACAUGAUGACCAAAGGUAUAGGCCAUGGAUUUCAUCAUGGCUCAUCUUCAAGCAGUUCAAGUGAAGAAGAGGAAGAGUGAUUUAAUGUAUUUAAUUCUUCAUUGUCUGCUUAAUUGUAACUUUAAGUUUAUAUAGUUUAAUUUUUAUUAUAACUAUUUUUUCUUUGGUUGUUUUUAGGAUCAAAGUAAUGGAGAUGUAUCUUUGUAGGUUAUGAAUAUUUUAAGGGAUCCAUGUUAUUGCAUAUUUAUGUUAUUUAUUCAGAAAUGAAAAGGAUUCAGGUUUAUCUCAAAGUAAUGGCCUCAGCUGUGUCAUUGAAAGCUCAAAACUAGUGUUGUUGUACUGCAGAGGCUUUGUCAUGUUUCUUUUUUGUCCUUAUAUUGAAUUUAUAAAGCUACAUUUUAACUUAACCUCAUAUUACAAACAUGUUAGCUUCACCACCAUGGACUUUCAUUGUAAACCAUGUAGGCUAAUUGUGUUCACUUAUUCAGGCAUAAUGCCACACAAAUCCAUUACUUAUUAGUGUUUAGCAUAGGCAAUUGUUUGGUUUGAUAAUAAAUCAUAUACUAGUAACUCUUGGUAGCUUAGUUAUGCAUGGGUCUGAAACAAGAUAAGCAAACCUUUGCCCCAAUUUUGUCUUAUGCUUUAUGUUGUCAUUGCCCUUGUAUAUCAUUCUCAUCUCAAUGUCAUGCUUUGGAUACUUAUGUUCUCACUAUUCGUUAGUAUUUUGACAUGUGAAUUAUUUUCUUUUCUUGUGUUAUACUCAGAUUUAUAUUUACCUACAGAUAUACUAUGGUUUUUUCUUAAUUGCAGUAUGAUAUUGGUGCUUAUAUUGUUGGUUAAUUCAGUGGUCUGGUUUAACCGCUUAAUAAUAAUAAUAAAAUAAUAAUAAUAAUAAUAAAAAUAAUAAUAAUGAUAAUAAUAUAAUUAUUAAUAAUAAUAGUAUUGGUGAUCUUAGUAGUGUUAAUAGAAUAUAUUCUUGUCCAAACAUAGUACAGAAUGAAGUGGUUGUGUAUCCUGAAAAGUAUUCUCCUGUGCAGGGGUGAGAUAUUGAAGAAUUGUAUGUUGACAUGCCAAAUGAGUGGCAGAAUUGAACAGUAUAUAUAGUGUUAGCAAGGGCUGAUUAUCAAUAUUGAUUCUCUUUUCUCAUUGUAUACAUUACUAAUACGAACACAGAUACCAGUCUGGAGGGAGACGCUCUUUGUAUUGAAACAGUUAAGUGCUCUAGGUAUCAAAGAAAAUAAUUUAGGGAAAUGUAGGUCAACUGCACAGUUUGUUUUUGUGUUAGUAACCUUUUCUUGGGGGUUUUGAUGUAGGAGAGGCUAAUUGGAGUGGGUGCAGUGGUAGUGAGUUUCACUCGCCCCAGAUCUAUACCGACACCUUUCAAAUGAAGGUGAGCAAGCUGGAAUAUUCUGGCAGGUCCAAUUUAGCAGUUCUCUGGUAUUUUAGCAAUAUCUUACCUUAGAAAUAGUGCUGAAGGAACCUAUUUCACUGGGCGACACAGCUUCCUCGCCCAGAAAUAGAUUUUUCCUACGUCAAAAUCCCUUUAUUAGAGACCUUUAAUGAACUUCAGUAGUUGCAUAGUACAUAUAUAUAGAAUUUGAGAGAAAAAUAUUGACUUUUCUGCAUCAACAGAUUGGAUGGGAAUUUAUGCUAAUUAAUUUUCAGGGUCCCAGUAAAAAAAAUAUGUGAACUAAUAAGCCUCCCAAACAUCAUAUUAAUAGUAUUGCUCUACCCAGGUGUACUAUAUGGUUACAGUAUUCAAUGGGCAGUUGCCUGGUGUAGUUAGUAAUUGCACUUAAGAAGGAAAUGAUAGAUGAGUUACUAGAUCUGUAUUAAUUUUGGAAAGUUUGACUAGAUUUAUCUUUUAUGGAGCAUUCA